CGAAACCCUAAUUUCGCUAAUUCGAUCCCUUGUUCCCUCCAAUUCCUCAUUGAAUUCCCUCAAUCCAUGGCUUUUCGAUCCCAAAUCCUCCUUUUCUUGAUCGUAUUCCUCGCAGUUGGUUCGGCUAAUGCGAAGGUCUCAUCUGAGACUCUAAAUCCAUCGGCGCCUAAAGCGAUUUCGGAUUUGAGAGAUGCGAUUGUGAGAGGGUUGGGGAUUCAAGGGCAGGAAGGGCUGAAGGUUUCGGGAUUUGAUGUUAGGGAUGCGCUUGUGGGACAAUCGGUGGCGUACGAGUUCGACAUUGAGGUGGAUAAGAAGACGAUUCCGAUCAAGUUGUUGGAGGAUGUGAAUCGAUGGGAGUUUGUUGAUCUUCCGAUGUUUAGAACAGAGGAAGGAGGAGAGAAGGGAUUGGCUGAGAUGGGAAGGACAAGAGAGCAUUCUAGGGUUUCGCCAGUUCUUUCUCCUUUUCAGCUUGCUGGACCGAUGGAGCUCUGGAUUCAGGAUGGUGAUGAUUUGAGGCUCUCAUUGCCUCAUGAUGUGGAAGCUGGUACGCUGAAGAAAGUAAUCUUAUCCGAUGGUGCGGUUGUGACUGUGAAGGGAGCUAGGUCUGUCAGCCUUCGGCAUCCAUUGGAGCUUCCCCUUCCUCUCAAUCGCACCUACCACAAAGGUCGGUCCAUGGCAUCAGGCCUUAUGUCCAUUGCUGAAGCCCUCCGUCAAACCGCACGAUCAAAUGAGAAGCCCCUCCUCUCGCUCCGCAUUGUUGGUCCAACCUCCCUUACCUCAUCGCCUUCCACUUCUCCCAAUGACAAGCUCAAGCUUAAGCUUCUCGCUCCUGGUCUCGUGGAGCUCUCAACCCGUUCUGUACCAGUGGUAGCUGAUAAUGUUGAUAGACCAAGCAGUUAUGGUGCCACCCUCUGGCCAUUGACAUCACUGAAUGGCUCCAACUCAAACCUCCGGGGCUUUGAGGAACUACUGGCUUCAGUAUUAGGGAAGAAGGUAGAUGAGGAGGGAUCAUUUAAAUUAGUGAAAGCAGAGGUGUCAGCAAGGAAUUAUUUGAAGAUGGGAUUCUCAGUAGAGAAGAGCCUUUUGGAUGGACAGGUUAAUUGGUCUGGCUACCCGGAAUGGAAGACAAAACCAGAGAAGGCCACUUCUCACUUUGAAGUGAUCGCUCGGAUUGAGGACAAUGGCAAGGUGAUACCGGAGAGAAUUGCCCCGGUCCAGCCUAUUGAAAUUCAGGAUACCAUUUCAGUUAGCGCGCAAACUGGGAACAUUUCCUUUUCUCAGCUGCCAAUUGUUCACCCACCACCAGUUUACUUCACUCUGUAAACCAUUUAAAAAAAAAAACAUCUCUUUUAUCAUCAAAGAGCAGUAAUUGUAUAUUCUCCGGGUCAUAUAAUUUUCAUAAACAAUUUUGUUGAACAAUUAA